AUGGCAAGAUUUCCGUUUUCUAUCACCAGCCGCAAGAAGCAAACCAGUAAGCCGCCUCCGCCAAACGCACCGUCGAUGAGUAAGGCGCACAAGAUCUUAGGCUCAACACCAUUGAAUAUCGAUGCUCCGGGUAGCUGGGAUGAUGUCGCGUCCUCAAUGACCACCGAUGACAGGUCUCCAAUUACCGCUGCAAGUUAUUCCGAGUCGGAACUGCGAGGUUAUGAGUGUGACAAUCAGGUUGCCAUUGCCAGGUCGGACCAAGGUUGGGGGGAAGAGUCCGAUAUCAUUCCUCAUCCUUUAAGACUGAAUGCUAUCAACUUUGGUGAUCUUACCGAAAGUGGUCGGUCAGAAACCACAGGAGCUUUGAGAAAGAGUCGCUCAUCCUCGACAAUUCGAUCGUGGUAUGAUAAAUCAAAGCUGCCAUUGUCAAUUUCCCAACAAACAUCUUCGUCUGCCAUUGCAAAAGGCCUGCCUCCAAAUUUACAGUUGGGGCUAAACUUAAGCACCGGAGAGGAAGGCUGGAGGACCAAGCGGAAGCCAGCCAAGCUGGAUCUUUCCCUCACCACUCGGAAAGGGAGCGAUACCGAAGCAACAGGAUUGGAUACUGGAUCUGGUUUUGAUCGUAUGCUGCGUUCACCAUCCAUUCUGUCACCAUUCUCACCAAUGUCAACUCGCUCUCGCGAGUCACGAAAGAUUCGAAAGAAGCGAACCAAGGAGGAGCUGCAUUCCCCAAUCCCUGAAGCACCUCGGCCUGGAACCAGUGGCAGCAACCGACUCGGGCCGCCAACUCCUUCACUCUACGACCACUAUGAGCAAAUGUCCUUGCGACAUGUUAUGAGGCAAAGCUCGACGCCGAGCUUGAGAAUGACUGAAAAUGGAAUAUUAACAUUAGAUAAUGUAAUGGAGCGCCCAGGUGAAGAUCAAGAGGAGGAGACAAGACCUUCUCAUCGGCGGCAAUAUCACAUACCUCAGACGCCAAAAUACACCACGUUCACGAAAGCAGAUUUGCAAACGUCGCCCGGAGAUGCCGCCAGGAGCGUCUCCAGCCGUCACACCAAAACGUCAAAGACGUCGAAAAGCACAGAUAGGUCGCUCAUGGGUACUGACCUGCUUCAAACUAGUGUGUUGAUGCUUUCUUCGGACUCUGAAGAUGACGAUAACGAACCAGAACGGCCAAUAAUCCGAUCCCCAGUCUCGGCACCUGCAAGAAGUCCGUCAAAUGUUGAGGAUAGAGUACCUCCGCUCGAAGAAUGCCGGCCCAGGGCAGCUCGCGGCGCGAAGGUUAGCCGAAAACAAAUGAGCCAAUCGAGUAAGCAAGGCAAACGAACCAGUUUUGCAGCAUCGAAUACGUACAUUACUAUUCCACCUCCUGCGAGCGGCCGCGAGACUCCUGUAACCAUCGAUUCACGGUCUGAGACGCCGAUUGGGAACCUGUCUCAAGCAGCCUCUUCUUCCAGAAACUCUGCCACGUCGGACUUUUCGGUGAACUCGGGAAUGACGUGGCAAGGGACAUCCGGGUAUGGCAUCCAGGAGGCUCGAGCCAUCACCAUGCUGCCGGCUCGUCGGCCAUCCAAUGUGGACAUUGGGGAAGAGAAGGAGGAAGCUUCCAUUGCAAACACAGAAGGUUCGCGAGAACAGACUCUUCAUCGAGCCUCGUCAACAGAUCAACUGACUCCACCGCUGAGUCCAACAUCUGUUGACUUUUAUAUCCGCUCCGCGCACUCGUCUGUUGACGGGUCUGGAAGUCACAAUCGACUGAUGGCAGUCACCCACCAAGAGGAAAUGCUGCUGUCCGCAUUGCGACGCAAACAACAGACCAUGCACAGGACGUCGAUGUCCCAAGUAUCAGAAGGGAAUGAAGAUGAAGUUGAUGAGGGCAUCAACGGCCGGUUCAAGGAUAGCCGGUGCGAGCAACAGGAUGUCGAGGAUAUCGAAGAAAUCGAACGCAGCCUGUCAUCUAAGGAGCCAGCAACUCCCAUGGAAGAGGGCCAACAGAAGGGGCAUCGAUCAAAAGGAUCGCAAACAACCAUCACUGGCUCGACGUUUGAUUUUGGGUUCCCGGCACCGCCAUCUUUCAGGGAAGCCGCCAGUAUUGAUGGUGAGCCUUGUUCAGACCGGCGCAAGUCAUCUGGUGUCCUGCCUCCUCUUCAAACACAGGGCCUGGGUCUCAGCGAUUCCAUUCCUCCAAGUCCUGCCGGGCCUCCGCCAAAACUUGCGCUGCCGGAACUUCCAAAGCACGUAAAGAGCCUCAAAUCUUCAUCGAGCCGUGACACUGUCAGUAGUCAUAGUCAGCAAGAUGUGCUUCUGUACUUGGACGAGUUUGAGCCAAGUCCGGAUAUGGCAGAUAUUCAAGACUGGGAAUCAGCAACCUCGCCCAUUGCAGGGUCCUUGACUUCAGAUGCGCUGCUUGGUAGACCUUGGCCUGAGCAUAAUCGACACAAAGCAAACAGUAAGCGGGCAAGAGAUUCGUUCGCAACAAACUCGCAGUCAUUCUUCCGUGCCAACACGUUCUCCAGGCAGAACAUUGAGGACCGGGGUGAUGAUCAAGAAGAGGAGGAGCCGGCCUUUAAUGAAGCCGAAGAUGUUCCCCGUGCUGAUAGCCCGAUUUCCCCUGGGGCCUUCCCCUCUGUUCCAGCAAAAAGAACGACGAUGACCAAUACGGCACGUCUGAGUGCAGUUGGACCAGGCCUCUUGAGUAAUGCCGGGGAACUAGGGUGGUGGGGAGAUGAUGAUUAA